UCCACGCCUCCUCUUCGCUCUCCUCUCCUCUCCUCCUCUCAUCGUCCUCAAAUCCCUAACCCAACCCCGCAAUUUUUCCUGCGCCUUUUCAAAUUUCAAAAUGGCGGAGAAGCGCGCAAAGCGGAGCGUGGCGAGCCACGCGAUCCCUGAGGAGGACGUGGUCGUUCUCGACGAUUCGAGCCCUUCUCCUCCUCAUCAUUCCGGAUCUCAAAUCGCUCGGCUUCAGCUUCGACGCCGAUGGGAGCUCGCCUCGGUUCUUAACUUCUUGCAUGUUUUUGAGCCGCUGAUCCAAAGCGAUCUUAAGAUAUCUGCGGAAGAAAUCGAAAUGGCGUUGAUCUCCCCGAACGAUGCUUUGGCUCAGCUUCACAUUGCCCUUUUGAAGGGAAUACCGCCAGUACACAGAAGUCUUACAGAAUCUGGCGCAUGGGUAACAGCAACCUGUAAAAAACUGGCUGAAUGGUGGCCGUGGGUUGCUGAAGGUGAGAACCCACUCAAAGCUGAUCAUGGACGGGAGAUAACUUUGUAUGGACAACUCGAUCCUGAAACUCGUUUGCUAAUGUUAAAAGCACUUUGUGAAGUUCGCACAGAACAAGAUGAUGUGCUGAGAUAUAUCACUGACGAACUGAAAACGGGAACAGCAGUUAGUACUUUCCGUAAAGAAAGGAUAGCAAGCGAUGGCAAUGGAACUACCUACUGGUAUGAUGGAGAUCCAGUCAUUGGUCAUCGGUUGUAUAAGGAAGAAGUUAAAACCAAUUUCAAGCAGGAUUGGAGGGCCAAGGGCACACUACCAGCUAAUGAUUUUCAAUGGGAAACAAUUGCGACUGAUCUCAAGGAAUUUCGGGAGAUAUCAGAGAAUCUAUCAUCUAGCAUGGUUUCAGCAGAAGCUGCAGUUGGGGAGAUUGUUAAAGUUGAAAUAAUUCCCCUUCUUGAGGAAGUUCAAAAGAAGAAGGAAAGGGCAUUUAAACGCCAACAAAAGCAAGCAAUGCUGUUAUACAAUUCUCAGAGUUCUCAUGGAAUUAGAACUUUCCGAUGUCGCCGUCAGCGUAGGCCUGUGAACUAUACUUUUGAUGAUUUUGACCGCUCUAUAAGUGAGGCUAUCGAGAUAUCAAAGAAAUCUCAAUCCGACAGAUUACAUAAGGAUGCCGGGAAACAAGCUCACCAUGUGUCAACCAAGAAGUCAAAACCCUCUAAUGCAGCUCUCUCUCUAGACGAAGUAAACUCUAGUCCAGAGCAUGAUGGUGUUGAUGCUGAUGAUGACAACAAACACGAAGAAAUCAUCAACCGUGAUAAUGAUGGUGAUGAUGAUGAUAAUGAUGAUUGUGACGACGGCGACUACAAUGAGAAUGAUGAUAAUCAUGUUGAAAAUGAUGAUGACAAUGAUGAUUCUCAUCCAAGCGACUCUAAUGAGGAGAAGAAUGUCCUUCCUGCGCGAUCAAAGCUAGCUGGUCAUAAUAGAUUAAGCACUAAGCCUAAAGCUAACAUAGUGCUUCGCCGGAGUAGAAGAAAUGCAACUAAGAGUGAUCACAUUGAAUGUCAGGGAGAAGUUAUUAGUGAUGCGGAGACAAAAAAAUUGCUGAGGCAAAGGCCAACAACUGAAUCUGACUUUGGUGGUGACACUGUUGUUUCAGACUCCGAAAAUGAACGCCCCGAUUAUGAACAUAUUGUGGUCUCGGAUACUGAGGACGGGAUUUCAGUUUCUAGCGAUGGAUCUAUGGAAGCCUACAAGUGAUUAUCGUCGACGAGUAUGCUUUUGCUUUUUGUGGAGUUUCUAUUUUGUGGGUAGUGAUCAUGGAAUGAAAUAUGAAUUGCUCCUUUUUGGUAAUGUAAUAUGGCAAAGAAGUAGGCUUCGUUCUCUGUAGUAAGAUAUACAUGUAGGAAGGUUACUAAUAUUUUGGUAUUCUA